AGAGAGAGAGAGAGAGCGAGCGAGAGCGAGAGAAAGCGAGACAGAGACAAAGUGUAGGGAAAAAAGUGUGUGCAGAAGUGCAAAGUGCAUUUAACAGGCGACCAUCAAAAAGUUGCAAUAAAAGUGCCACAGAACCCAAUCCAAAUCCGACCCGCCAAAGGACUUCAAAACACCCAGAAGCAAUUGCAGGAAAUGGCCAAAUUAGUGACGUACAUCUUCAUCGUUAGCUCGUUGAUACUUUGGUAUCUGCUGCUAUUUGGUGGCUCGCGAGCUGGCAGCAGCCUUCUCGUUGGCGUCGAGGCAACCAAUGGGCAUGGCAGCCAGCUGGAAGGACGCGACUUUCAUCACCAUGGCGGCAGUCAUCACAUUCGACGCAAUAUCAAUCACUGCUGGCGACGCUACGAUGGCUACAAUCUACAGAACACCAUUGUCAACAAGAAGGAGCAGCUGAAGAAACCGUAUGGCAUUCUGUGCAACUUCAAGUGCACCUGGUUCUUUACAAUCAGUUAUCCCACUUGCGAAUUCAUCUACGACUACAAGCUGUCCUGCGUGCUGUUCACUUCACUGCCCGAUUGCACCAACGUCAAGUGCACGCUCUUAAAUUAUUUUAGCUAGAUUGGAAGCACAAUACCGUUAACUGUAGAUGGACUAUAAUGGUAUACCAUUUAUUCAGCCCUGGCUGGCUGAUCCGCUAAAUCUUUAAAUAUUGUUAACUAUUGUACUCAAUGCCUAAUAUGUAUUUCUAGCUCUUUAAG